GUCAGAUUUCACAAAGUACUGUAAGAGCAGCACUCUAUGCUAACAGAGUAGACACUAAUCACACAAGGAUUCUGCAUGGGAUGUAAGCAGUAUGCUGGGUCUGAAGUGUCAAAAGGAUGAUGCAGAUUUAAACUCUGGUGUCUCAUGUGGCAGGUUGUGUUUGAGAUAGUGGAAGAUAGAAAAAAUUGUGGGAUUUGAAAAGUAUGAUUAAUGAAGGCCAUCAUGUAUAUUGGCGGCACAUGCCAAAGCAAUGCGCUUCCUGCCUUAAUGCGGCCGCCAGUCCCAGCUAUGCAGCCGGCCUUGGAUGUUAAACCAUUUCUUCCAUUCCCACUGGACUCUGCUGCUGCGGUCAGCCUAUUCCCCAAUUUUAAUGCGAUGGACCCAGUUCAGAAAGCAGUGAUAAAUCACACGUUUGGGGUUCCUCUUCCUCCAAGAAGAAAACAAGUAAUUUCAUGCAACAUCUGCCAACUAAGAUUUAAUUCUGAUAGCCAAGCCGGGGCACACUACAAAGGCACUAAACAUGCCAAGAAGCUCAAAGCACUGGAGGCCAUGAAAAAUAAGCAGAAAACUGUUACCAAGGACAGCGUAAAGACCACCUUCACUUCCAUCACAACCACCACCAUCACUGCCAGCUCUGACAAAGCAGACAGCACUCAAGGGACAGCAACAAUAUCAAAAGUGACAACACUGGCAGCAGCAAGUGAUAGUGUAACAACAGAAUCCAUUUCCAGGACAGAGAAAUCCUUUACAUCCAGUAGCCUCAACACAGCUCUUCCCAAGGAAACAGAAGAAGAAAAAGCAAAACGGCUGCUUUACUGCUCCCUCUGCAAGGUGGCUGUCAACUCUGCCUCACAACUGGAAGCACACAACAGUGGGUCUAAGCACAAAACUAUGUUGGAAGCUCGAAAUGGUGGGGGUCCAAUUAAGGCAUUCCCCAGACCGGGCGUCAAAGGGAAAACAUCCACCAACAAAGGGGUUACUACCGGCCUGCAGAAUAAAACCUUUCACUGUGAAAUCUGUGACGUGCAUGUUAAUUCAGAAACACAACUCAAACAGCACAUAAGCAGCAGAAGACACAAGGACAGAGCUGCAGGAAAACCUCCGAAACCCAAAUACAGCCCGUACAACAAACUCCAAAGGGGUACCAAUGCACUUGCGGUAAGCGCAUGCAUAAAUGCGGUGAAACUGGCCUUUCAGAAGGAACUUACGAAGCCACUGGCUGCUCGCCUUUUACCAAACCCAUUUGCUGCAGCUGCCGCCGCUGCUGCUGCAGUGAAUUCACCAUUUGCUUUGCGCUCUGGCCCAGCAGCCACUCUAUUCCAAACAGCAGCCCUUCCUCCGGCUCUCCUUCGACCAGCUCCUGGACCUAUACGGGCAGCACAUACACCAGUUCUAUUUGCUCCUUAUUGACCUGCCUAUGUACAGGAGAAAACAUUGGGAAAGUAAUAAUAAAGUACUGCAAUAAUUCAAACAGGGAACUAUGCAGUGAUAAUCAUGGAACGAAAUAACAUGGAAAGAAACUUGCUCUUGCAGUAACCCACGCGGACUUUGAAUGGCUGCAUCUUUAUUCAGCAAAAAGAAGUAAAGCAAUCCUUCCAUAGGAAAUUCUAUUACACAGAUAAUAUGAGUAGUUUUUUGUGCUGUAGAAAUGUAUAGAGUCUGCAAACUACCCAUAACAAUCAGCCUUUUUACACAGUAUUUUCAUGUAAUGUUUCCAUGUCUUGUGAAUAGUCUGUAAAUGUGUGUAAGGGCAUUAACCUAAGUCUUAUAUGUACAUUUAAUUUCUUUCUGUAGGAUGAAACAAAACAAAAUGGGACACUGUGACAAUUGUCUUCAUUAACUGUCAGCACAGUUCAGCAGCUUGCUGCCUGCUAUUUAGCCAACUAUAAACUUAUAAAUUGUGUCUUGUGAAUUUGUAGCUUUGUGCUGUAUAUCUCUGAUGUAAUAAUUUGACUAAUAUGAUUUGCAAAUGUUGGAAGGAAUGAAAUAGCAAAUGAGAUUACUUUAAUUUUUAAGUGUCCUAGUGACUCAUGUUCAGGAAGGUGUGUAGCUGUCUUCAUGGAGUUCAGUGUGUAUUUAUUUUGACUGUGGACAAAGCCAGGCAUUAAGAUGUACAGACACUAUGACUGCCACACACCUUUUUGUGCAGCUCAAUCAAGAAUUUUAUAAAGCAGCGUCUUCAAGUGUAGUUUUCCCAUAAUAGGUGACUAAGUUGUGAUUGUUUACUUUGAAGUUUGCCAGAGCUGAAUUAAUUUGAAUUAAUCUGUACUAAUAAGCUGGAUUUUGUGGGAGUGAUAGGGGUCUUGCCCACCGGUCAGAGAAUCAGCGGGGCAAUGAACCCUGUCACUGCUGUGGGGGAGGCCCGAUGGAACCAAAUGUCCUUCGGGCACCUAAGCAACUACUGUCAGGACUCCCCGUAUUUGAGAUCCCUGAUGGCAGACACCCUGCCCACCAAGAGCUGUCGGCCGCUCAGAGGAUAGCAGCGGCUUAUUGCUGCCAGCGCCAGUGGGGGCAGUGACUGCUGGCAGCACUGCACCCACCAGAAGCCCACGAGCAUUUUGGGACCCCAGACCAAAGGUGAGUGAGGGUGGGAUGGGGGUCGUGGUAUUGAGGUCUUAGGAGUCUGGGGCAGGGAAAUCAGAAGCAAGGGAAGGAGGUGGCUUUCAGCAGCCACACCCUUCCCGAUGCUGGGUCCCCAGAACAGGCACUGCCUGAUAAUGAGGGAUACUCCAGGGAGACCACUGGCAACCCCAACAGGAUUUUCUGGGUGACCUUCAAAAGGCACAAGAAAUCCAUGUAGCCCCUGUUUAAUACCUGAGUCACCAUUAAACUGUGAUAUGUUCAGGCAUAAUGGGUGUUAGUUUGUUCAUUAAUAAGACAAAUUGACAUCCUACUGCCAGUGGCCAAGAAUCCCACUUCAGCUCCUUCUGCCUUCCACUGGGAGACGGAUGCAGGGCCUCUCCCACAAUUCAGUGGGCUCACCCACCAUGGUUCCCAUUGCAACGGGCUGCAUUAAAUCUAGCCCAAUAUUUCUAUUCAACUAAGUUGUUGCACUGAAUAAAACAAAAAUGAAAGGAAGUUUUCUAUGCCUAUGCUGAUUUCUCAUUUUAUAUUUUUACACUCUUACUCUUCAACAGCAACUAGUUGAAUGAAUUCCAGAUACAUGCUGAAGCCAUUUCUGAAUCUGAAGUUUUAAUGUCUUAUCUCAUAAUUCGCCUAUAUAAUUUAUAUGGCUGACACUUUGUUUUUUCUCUGUUUCUCCCUAUUUGGACAUUGAGUUUACAAUACAGCCAUGCAAUGUCACAUAAUUCAAAGGAAAAUCUUCAGUAGUCUUACUUCUUUGUUUAGCUUCCCUACAUAAUGUUUCACUUCAGCCUUUCCAGACCUAAUCAUAAAUGUUCACAGCACAACAAAGCUAGGGAGUUAUUUUGUACAUUCUAUCUGUUAAAGCCCGCAGCUUUAUUGCAGACUAUUAGUAGUUUAGCCAAGUGUAAAUUGUGACAAGAAAAUGAUGUUUCCAUGUACAGUAAUAUCACUAAAAGCUUUCUCAACCUUGUAUGUAUCAUCAGUGAUCACCAAAAUCACAACUGCAAAUGAAACUGAUAGCUCAGGACUAAAUCUUUAAAGGUGAUGUAAAAAGGUUUGCUGAAAUAGAAAAUAAUUUGUUAAUAAAGUAUUAGUAUUAACCAAAAA